GGCGUACAUGGACCACAGCCACCAGCUGGAGGUCCACAUGCAAAACGGAUUCACCGCCAAAUGCAAAAUGGUAAGGCAGCCUUCAGCAGGUUGCACUGUGCCAUCGUAAGAUUCCAUUGUAAGAUGUCAUCCUAAGAUGCCAUAUAGUGGGAGCUUUGCGCCCGGAGUCGAUUCUAAGACAUACCACAUUCAUCUCCUGAAUACUUCUUCUUACAAACAUCGCUCCAAAUGCGCGACGACUUGACUCAAACUCUUUAUAAUGACUUCCCCGCUCUAUAUACAGGCAUGUGCUGGGGAUUUGAAACCGGAAAUGGCUGGUACCAAAUCAUCCGUUGUCUUUCAAUCAGCAUCAACAACAUCAUCGCCUCCGCGUCCCUAGAUCCUAGCCAAUUCACCGCGGUUCAAGUGAAGGAAAAGUUUGGAUUGCUACGAGUCUACAUAUCCACCACGAACAACGCCAUCCAAGACGCUAUCUACCAUGCAGUACAAGAAAGCUCUCGCACGUGCGAGAUGUGUGGUGGGCCUGGGGUGCAGAUCGCAAGAGGCGGUUGGAUGCGCGUCAGCUGCGAGCCCUGCGAAGCGGAGAGAGUGAGGAUCCGACGGAAGGACACACGGCGAUACAACCGGCGCGACUCUGGCACCAUGGAAGUUGAAUGAGUGGUAUGGCAUAGACUGUGUUGAUCGAGUCAGAAGUGUAGAGUUCCUUUGCAGCACCGGUGGUAGCGCCGUGUCCCUCAUGUCAUCUCGUAUUCUCUUCUCCACGACAGUAUACCCCAUACUUCCGUACCAUGUAUACAGCGUUCAGCAGGCAGAGACUGCCUCAUUGAGAUUGGAAACGCUCUAAUGAGCCUGGGCUUGUCUUGCAACAUUUACUCAAUUACUGUUCUAUUGGAUAAACCGCAACUCGAGUUCGAUAGUGCUUGGUGGACUGCUGUGCAUUCAGGC